CGGUGGGUGGGUGGGGAGCGUGUCCUGCGUGCAACUCCGCUCGCCCUCACAUACUCUUUUUCCCGCUCCCCAAAUUUUUCCAAGACGGUCGGAAGCGAGGCGCGGGGUUUGCCGGCUGGAAAAUACCUGCGGGAACCGAUUGCGUAAAAGAAGCGGGCGGCGCUUGAGGCUCGUGAGUCACAGGCCGGCGGCGGGUACAUAAAGGCCUGCCCCGGCAGAGGGGACCUGUUAGCGAAAGCCAGUUGCUGCUCCGUGAGGCGUCAGGGCUGCGGGUCUUGAGGGCGCAAGAGUGUCGCGGAGACUUCUCGGGAAUAAGCUUUCUAAGGAGACCGGAGUCUGAAGCUGCUGCUGCCACCGUUUUCUGCACCCACUUGGGAAAUGCUUGUACUCUGUGCGGCUGUUUUUUCUCUCUUGGCUCUUAGCGGAGCAGUUAACCCUUGCUGUUCAAAUCCAUGUCAGAAUAGAGGAGUGUGCAUGACAACAGGCUUUGACAGAUACGAAUGCGACUGCACGCGAACUGGAUAUUAUGGUGAAAACUGCACAACACCGGAAUUUUUUACCUGGCUGCGACUGACACUAAAGCCAGCUCCUGACACAGUCCAUUACAUACUCACUCACUUCAAAGGAGUCUGGGAUAUCAUUAACAAUGUUCCAUUUCUUCGCAAUGCUGCCAUGAGAUAUAUACUGAUGUCAAGAUCUCACUUAAUUGAAAGCCCACCGACGUAUAAUAGCCAUUACAGCUACAAGAGCUGGGAAGCCUACUCAAACCUUUCCUACUAUACCAGAUCACUUCCACCAGUGGAACACAAUUGCCCCACCCCAAUGGGAGUGAAAGGUAAGAAAGAGCUACCGGAUUCCAACAUCAUUGUAGAGAAAUUCCUGCUGAGGAGAAAAUUUAUUCCAGACCCUCAAGGCACAAACGUGAUGUUCACAUUCUUUGCACAGCAUUUCACCCACCAGUUCUUCAAGACAGAUCACCACAAAGGACCAGCAUUCACAAAAGGCCUUGGGCACGGGGUUGAUUUAAAUCAUAUCUAUGGAGAGACUUUGGACAGACAAAUGAAAUUGAGACUGCUUAAGGAUGGAAAACUAAAAUUUCAGAUGAUUGAUGGAGAGAUGUAUCCACCCACAGUGAAAGAAACUCAAGCAGAAAUGAUCUAUCCACCCCACACCCCUGAGCACCUGAAAUUUUCUGUAGGGCAAGAGGUCUUUGGCUUGGUUCCAGGAUUGAUGAUGUAUGCCACAUUGUGGCUUCGAGAACACAACCGGGUCUGUGAUAUUCUCAAGACAGAGCAUCCAGAAUGGGAUGAUGAGCAGCUGUUCCAAACAGCCAGAUUGAUCUUGAUAGGUGAGACCAUCAAGAUUGUGAUUGAAGAUUAUGUGCAGCACUUAAGUGGUUAUCACUUCAAGCUGAAGUUUGAUCCAGAGCUUCUCUUCAAUCAACGGUUUCAGUAUCAGAACAGAAUAGCAGCAGAAUUCAACACCCUCUACCACUGGCAUCCUCUUCUGCCUGACACCUUUCAGAUACACAACCAAGAGUACACUUAUCCACAGUUCCUCUACAACAACUCCAUCAUGCUGGAACAUGGCCUCUCCCAUAUGGUGCAGUCUUUCUCCAAGCAAAGGGCUGGAAGGGUAGCUGGCGGUAGGAAUGUUCCCGCUGCAGUUAUGAAAGUAGCUAAAGCUUCCAUUGAUCAAAGCAGACAGAUGAGAUAUCGAUCUCUGAAUGAGUACCGGAAGCAUUUUCUACUGAAGCCUUUCAAGUCAUUUGAAGAACUUACAGGAGAAAAAGAAAUGGCAGCGGAACUUGAAGAGCUCUAUGGAGAUAUCGAUGCUAUGGAGCUGUAUCCAGCCCUUCUUGUAGAAAAACCACGUCCUGGAGCCAUCUUUGGUGAAACCAUGAUAGAGCUUGGAGCCCCAUUUUCUCUGAAGGGUCUCAUGGGAAAUGCAAUCUGCUCACCCGAGUACUGGAAGCCAAGCACAUUUGGGGGCAAAGUGGGCUUUGACAUUAUUAACACAGCCUCCAUCCAGAGACUUAUCUGCAACAAUGUGGCGGGCUGUCCUCUUACAGCUUUCCAUAUUGUAAACCAAGAAACAGCAGCAACAAGCAACAUCAGCACUUCUAGCACAUCAAUAGAUGAGAUCAACCCAGCAGUACUACUAAAAGAGCGAUCUGCUGAACUAUAGGGAACAACUUUUAGUGGGAUUUUAUUUAUUUAUUUAUUUAUAUAAUUUUCUGUGUUAUUGUUAUUAUUUUUUUAUUAUUUAUACUUCAAAGAAAAUUCUGUGGAUUUUUUUUUUCAGCCUUGGCAUUCACCUUUGGGUGACCAGUUUAAAGGGAGUUCUGCUCAGUUUAGCAGGACAGUAUCCCAUGUUUUUUAAAUAAUGUCUUCUGUACCAGAAAUGUGUAUUUCAAUAUGGAUAAAAGGCAUUAGAUUUGCUGCUUUGAACACAAAAAAUAGGGUUUGCUAGAGGGAAGGGAUUAAAACUUGGCACAAUAUAGAAUCUGAUUAAGUAUCAUCAACUCAAAGCUUGAAAAUACUCUUUCUGAUUAAACAAAUCCUUGACAAGAAAUCUGAGCUCAUAACAAUUACCCAUUUUUACAUAUUACUAAAAGAAAGGGGAGCAGAAGGCAAAUUAUGAAGUAUCUGAUGUGUCAUUUUUCAGACCUGUUGUGCUAGUCUCAGGUGUUGCAAAAUCAAUAUAUCCAUAGAGAAAUGAGAACCCAGCAAAUUUUCUCAUACUCAGGUUUCAAAAAAGACAAUGUAGAACAGCACUAGACUCAUUAUUCAUUAACCAGGUAAUUUGAAAGCAUUUCACUUUCAAAUUACAUGGAUGUCUGUUAAAAACUGUCACAAGAAGAGCUAAAUGGUUUAGCAUAAUUUUGAAAGAAAUUUUUGUAAUAUGCAUAGUGACAGCAUCUAUAUUUUCCAUAAAUAAGACUCAUGAGUUCUAUAUACAAUCUAUACUUCACAAUCAUUGCUGAAUUUCAGUAGAACUUGACAUUUAAGAUCUUCUUUAAAAGUGCACUUUAUACAUUAAAGUCAUUUCAGUCUCGGGGACUAGAACACUACUACAUUUCUGUUAUUUUUAUCACAAGUGUUCAACUAGAUAAGCUUUCCUCAACUGGAUGCUCUCCAGAUGUGUUGGCCAUUGGCCAUGCUGUCAGAGAUUAUGAGAAUUGUGAUUUAAUGUAUCUGGAAGGCUUGUGCUUGAGGAAAGCUGAUAGUAGAACAUAGUUUCUCUAGUUGAAUAACAACUUGAAAUAUGCAAACUGCUUCCAGCACUAUGAGUUGAAUUUUUCAUAAUUGCUCCAGAAAAGACUAAUGGUACCGAAACCAGUAUCCUGCUCACUCUCAGCUGAAAAACAAUCAGUUUAUACUUUGGUAACAAGAUUCCUUGUAAGCCAAAUAAUUAAAUAAAUCUUGCUAAUUGGAAUGUGAAGAAUCAGUAGUACUAAAGAAAUUUAGUUAAAGACCAACAUACCCAGGAUUUUGAAAAUGCCUUGUGGGGUUUACUAUUUGUGUGCCUGUACAAUGGACCCUGCACAGGAGAACAUCUAAUUCUCUUACGAAAGAUUUGAAAGGUAAUAAUGGUUUGUUGAACACUGUUCUAAUCACAUUGAUUCUCUUAUCACCUAGCUUGCAGCCUUCAUCAUGUCUUUCUCUCAUUCCCCAUCUUUUCAGGCAUUGGGACAAUGUUAUAACUUUGUGUACUUCUAGGUCUACCUCCUGUCCCCAAAUCCUAUCCUCCUAGUCAGUGUCAACUCCUUUUCUCUGUUUUGUAAUUAAAUUAUGAAUCUAUGGACAGGCAGGCCCUCUCCCCUUUCCUUUUUUAAAAAGUUUUUUGUACAUUUUUUUCUGAGUGUUGUGUAAAUGUUGGGCCCUAAUUAGCAUUACUACACUGGAAGGUCACAGCCUGUGGAACAUGUCUUAUAUACAGUAUAUGUACAUCAUGCAGAUCAGAGUCAUUUUUAUAAAUGUUUCAAUUAAAAAAAAAAAAUUCUCAGCCUGCUGGUCUUGGCUGGGCAGCAUGAUUACUGCUGCAGAUGCACGGAGUAGCAAUUAUGUUUCUUGUGAUCACAAUACAAAGAACUUGGGUCACAUCUCUAUCUCACUAAGUUCAAUGGAAAUUUAUUUAUUUUAAUGCAGUAGUUUUUGUCUACAGGCUUGUAAUCUAAAGGAAAUUACACAAAGAGAAAAGAUUUUGAAGGGGGUGGAGGAAGAAGAAAGCAAACUGAGACACAGAAUCGACUCUUUUUGGAUUGUGGAAUUAUUUAUAAUAUAAUUAUUUUUAAGAUGUGUCAAAAUAAAUUAUUUUAAAUUAUG